AUGCUUUCUUCGAAUGAACUGAAUUGGGAAUUUGUUGAUUUGCGGCUAUGUUUCCACAUCAACCUCAAGACCGGUCAUGAAACUGUCGAAGAUAAUUCCAAUAUUGGUCUUCAAAUCUCUGUGAAUUUCCUCAAGGAUAUAAUUCUGUUCAGAAAGUACAUAAACGGAGCAUGGUGUGAUGAUGAUGCUAAGGCCUUCAAUACCUCAGUAUUUACCAAAGAUUUCCGAAUCUAUAUCGUGAUGGCUGAUGAAAAAUUUCGCAUUUGUAUCAAUAAUAGCCUUGAGGUCUCCUAUAAAUAUCGGAUACGUUUAAAUUUGUUAACUCAUCUGGAGAUAGAUGGUGGUCUGAAGGUGGUACGUCAAGUAGAUCAUCGAAAAUAUUUUCCAUUUGUAUGGCCACCGAUGCAGGCAAUGGAAGAACGUCUUCAUUUUAGUGGUGAUGUACCGUUGCCAUUUAAAGCGGGUCAUGUCAUGAUGAUUGGAGCUGAGUUAAGUGGAAAUGAGAAAGGUUCUUUUAUUGUCCAUUUACGUAAUGUCAAUGAUGUCGAACUACAGGAGCUGCACGUGAGAGCUACAUUUAAGACUAAAACUUUUAUUUGGAAUUCGAAAACGAUACCGGAUGGCGAACAUUAUAGGUAG